UGGUUUGUUUGAUCUGGUCUAUUUGUUCAGGAGCAGCUCACAUCAAAGUUCAGUCUUCUGUUCCGUCCCUGGCUCACAGGAGCAAACAGACGCGAGCACAGCACUUCCCACCAGCGCACAGGAACGCCUCCAGGAUGUGGGUAAUCACCGUCACCGCUGUGGCCUGCCUGCUGUUCAGCCCUUCGCUGGCUGGGAUCAAAGGCAUCAGCUCUCACUUCGAUGAUCCUAAACCCGACCCCAGGGGCUUUCAACCGGACCAGCCACUGGACAUACAGGCCCUUCCCUUGGAGUUCCACAAAGAAAACACCGUCACCAAGGACCUGGUCUUUGAUGGAUUUGAAGAUGAAGAUUAUAUUGAUUUUGAUAAGAUCAUAGCUGCAGGCAGUGACGACUACAUAGAAGGGGAUGAGAUUGAUGAGAUUGCCACGCCAGCCCCAGACAUCGACAUCUUCGCCGAGCCGUCCGACCCAAAGACCCGUCGGGCCCGACUCCUGCAGCUGUUCCAGGGACGGUCACGCCUCCAGCGCCUCAACAUCGUCAACGCGCGCUUCGGUUUCAACCUCUACCGAAGUCUUCGUAACCACGUAAACCAGAGCGACAACAUCCUGAUAGCACCCGCCGGCGUCUCCAUCGCCAUGGGGAUGAUGUCUCUAGGGGCGGGGCCGGCGACCCACGGCCAGGUCUACAAAGCGUUGGGAUUCACGGACUUUGUCAACACUAGCCAUCAGUACGAAAACGCCACGGUUCACAAGCUCUUCAGGAAGCUGACGCACCGGCUGUUCAGGAGGAACUUCGGCUACACCCUGCGCUCCGUUAACGACGUCUACGUGAAGAAGGACAUCUCCGUGAAAGACGCUUUCCGUGCAGAGACCAAGGCUUAUUACUAUGCAGAGCCGCAGUCGGUGGACUUCAGGGACCCCUCCUUUCUGGACAAGGCGAACAAUCGCAUCCAAAAGCUCACCAAGGGGCUGAUCAAGGAACCUCUGAAGAGCGUGGACCCAAACAUGGCGCUGAUGCUGCUAAACUACCUCUACUUCAAAGGUACCUGGGAGCAGAAAUUUCCCAAAGAUAUGACUCACUACCGCAACUUCAGAAUCAGCGAUAAGAUGAACGUGCGCGUGCCGAUGAUGAGCAACAAGGGGAACUAUCUGGCCGCUGCCGACCAUGAACUGGAGUGUGACGUCCUCCAGCUCCCGUACAGAGGGAACAUCAGCAUGCUCAUCGCUUUGCCCAGAAAGAUCACCGGCAUGAGGACUUUGGAGCAGGAGAUCUCCCCCACCGUUGUCAACAAGUGGCUCAAAAACAUGACAAACAGGACUCGAGAGGUUGUCUUGCCCCGGUUUAAACUGGAGCAGAACUAUGACUUGAUUGCAAAUCUGAAGGAGAUGGGCCUCACUGACUUGUUCAAAGAGACUGGAGACUUCACUGGAAUGACGUCUGAGAAGGUGGCUAUGAACUGGCUGAAGCACCAAGGGACCAUCACUGUGAAUGAAGAGGGCACCGAAGCUGCCGCUCUGACCCAGAUGGGCUUCAUGCCCCUCUCGUCUCAGAUCCGCUUCACUGUGGAUCACCCGUUCCUGUUCCUGAUCUACGAGCAUCGAACAGACUGCCUGGUGUUCAUGGGCCGGGUGGUCAAUCCCUCACAGAGCUAAACGUCAUCGCCUAAUCCUGCCAAACACCUAAACUGCUCACCACAGUCUCACGUUUGGUUCCAACAAAGUUUGGAUGAACCUCGGAAACAUCUCUAAGGUGUUUUACAGUAGUCAACUACUGAUAUUAUUCGAUAUGUAAACGUAAAUCAAGUGUGUGGCCUGAACAUUAAGGCCUCUUCUUUGUGUUGCUCAAACUGCUGAGUAAGUAACUCAAUAAAGGCUGGUUAGCUAAC